UCAAAUUAGAGUUUUCUCCAGAUGUAUACACCCAGGAGUGGGAUUGCUGGAUCAUAUGGUAACUCUCCUUUUCAGGUUCUUUUACUCUAGAACAGUAGUGCUCCCCCACUUUUAAAAUGCACACCUUAUUAUAUCUGCAGGGUAUAGGCAAAUACAUUUUUAGAAUGUCCCAAAUUUGGACAAGGUGUCCAAAUUUCUACUUUGAAAGUAGAGCCAAUAGGAUUUGUUGGUAAGUUGGAAAUGAGAUGUGAAACAAAAAGUCAAGGAUGAAUCCAAAAAUUUCAAUCUGAACACCUGGAAGGAUGCAAUGCCAUCUUCCAACACAGGAAACUGGGAAAGCAGAAGGUUUAGAGAAGAAAACCAGGAAUUCUUCUUUGUACAUGUGAAGCGGGGGAAGCCUCUUCGAUGUCCAAAAGGAGAUACCAAGUUGAUGGCUGAAAGUAAUUGCCUUUGGAGUUCAGGAAAGAAAUCCAGUUAAAAAUAUAAAAUUAGGAGUCUUCAGCCUGUGAAUGGUAUUCAAAGCCUUGAGAUUGGUUGGUUUCAUCCAGGAAGUAAAGAUAGAAAGCAAGAAGAGGUACAUGGACUGAGCCUGAGGACACUCCAAUAUCAAGAGGUCAUGAAGAAAAGGGGAGAAGCAGCAAAGGAAAAGGAGGAGUAGCCAGGAGAGGAAAAAAAGGAGUCUGUGAUCAGAAAAGCCAGGUGAAAAAAUCAUUUCAAGGAGAAACAAGUAACAAUGCUGAAGACUGAGCAUGGGAUUCAGCAGAAUGAAGGUCAUCAGUGGCCCUGAUGGGCAAUUUCAGUAGAGUCGUGGGGUUGAAGUUCAAUUUGGAGUACAUCCAAGAGAGGAUGAAAGAAUCUUGAAACAGCAAGCGUGGUGACUCUUUGAAGAGUUUUUGUAUAAAAGAGCAGAGAAGUGAAUGUGUAGUAAGGGGGGGGGGGGUGCCAUAUGAGGUCAAGAGGGUUGUUUUGUAUCUUUUUAAUGAAAAAAAGUACAGCAUGCCUGUUGAUGUUGCAGAGGACCCAAUUGAGAUGGAAAAAUAAGACGAGAAUUGAGAGCAGUCUCCUAGAGUGGUAAGAGAGGGAUUGGUGGAAAUCUGCCUCAAUGGUCGUCCCUGUAACAAGAAGAAAGUCAGAGACACGGGCACAGGCACAGCUCAGCAGGGGAAUAUGAUGGUAAGAGCUAUGGUAGUUCUUUUUUGACUACUGCUAUUUCCACAGCAAAAAAAAAAAAAUCAAUAAUGUAGAGAAAACCUCUGACUAUGUAACAAAUAAGCACAACAGGUAUAAUACUGUGAAAGAUCAGUGGAAACUCAGUACAUGUCAGAACAAAGUGGAAUGGGCAAGCUCCUGGUAGGCAUCGCCUAAGCGAAGGUACAAAGACAGGAAGGAGCCGACUGUGUGUUCGGGGUAACCAGCUCAGUUUAAGCUGAGAUUCUGUGCACAAGACAAGUGAAAGCAAGCUUGGUUUAGCUCGAAUUGUAGAAGGGCUUCAAUGCCAGGCCGAAGAAAGAAUCUAGGCCUACAUUGCUUCCCCGGAUUGGUGUGUUCCCUUCUACAGCGUUGCUAAGUGACCCAUCCCAGAGUUCUGGACUGUUCACCUUUGUUACUGCCAGGGCUGUGACUGAAGCACCUUUGGCCUUCGUACGUGAUGGCGAAGACCCAGCCUUAUUAUGUGCAAUAUUGGACUCGAGUUUAUCACUAUUUCGUGGGGCUGUAUCACCGUAUCCAGAAAUAUUGCACUAUCAUUAAGGGCUUUUUCAUUAAGAAGGAGGAGGAAGAACAUUUCCCUCCAGCUGAGUGUAUUUUUCACAAAGAAAAAAUGGUGGUGCUCGGCCGUGCAUUGAAGGAUAAAUCUCUAGCCAUUGAACAGAGAGCUCAAGCUGCCUAUAAAAUUGGACUGUUGGCCUUCACAGGAGGACCAACCGCUGGAACAUUUGCAGCUGAGUACAUGAACGAAGUAGCUCUCUUGUUGCAAAAUUAUGAGAUGGCACCAAAAAUAAAGAUCUUGCUGCUCCAGAGUGUUGCAUCUUGGUGUUACUUAAACCCUGACAACCAGAGAAGAGCCGUACGUUUGCAGUUUAUUCCUAUUCUCAUUGAUCUCUUUGAAACCAGACUCAAGUCCACCGUGAAAAGUGAAAUCAACAGCAACCUCCUGGUUAAAUUUUGGACUUGCUACGUUCUGUCUGUCAUGACAUGCAAUAACUUGCCGUGUAUGAAGGCGCUUAAAGAAUGCAGUACUCUAAAAUAUCACUUACAAACGUUGGCCGCUGAGAAUUGGUCUGGAUGGCCCGAGAAUUUUGCGGAAGUGCUGUAUUUCCUCGUUGGUUUUCACAGGAAUUAAUUUCUCUAAAUCGAGUUACCUGAUGCAACUGUCUGUACCAUCGUAUUACCUUGGAAAACUAAAAGAAUAAAAGUCGGUACAUUAUCCUUCAGCCUUUUCUCUUAGGGAGUUGAAGAGAUUCUCUAUCCAUUUCAUAGUUACCAAAAUAACCAAACUUAUGAAAAGCGCCACUCUUUAAAAUAACCUCAUAAAAAUUAAGCUCAUAAAAUGAGAAUUCAUUGGAAGAUGCAUUUCUUAUAUAACUUGUUAGAGGCAGUGGUGUGUUUGGGGGUUUAUUAGAUGACACCAAGCUAUUAGAUGACACCAAGCUGAGGGACCCCAAAAUGCCAAAUCCAGACCCAACCCAUAGCCCCACCUCGUAGUGGACACUGUUGGUCCAUCUACCUUUAUACAUCUUUUCAGCCCUAUUUCAGUGCCGGCCUUCCAGUUGCUACAUCUUUGGCUGAGGUUGUGUUCUGGCUUCCAGAACAUGAUCUUUCUGCACAUCAGGCUGACCAGGAGUUGGGGGUAUUCACACUCAAUCGGAGCAGCACUCAACUCUCCUGGCACAAGGCUGGACAGAGAUGGAGCACCAUGAGUUCAGACACCUAAAGACAACCUAAAGUUUGCCUCUUGGGUUUUCAAAGGUUUUUCAGAGAAUAUGUAAAAGAAAACUGGCCCUUGACUUUUGUACUGCCCAAUCCCAUCAAAAGCUCUGUUAGAAAAAUAUAGUAUUUACAGGAGUUCCCGUCAUGGCGCAGUGGUUAAUGAAUCCGACUAGGAAUCAUGAGG